AUUAAUUUCAUUUACAAGUUUUUGUGUUUUCUUUUUCUGUUCUUAUUAAAUUUUAUUUUUUCCUCAUUAAUAAUUACACUUUCCUUCAUAAAUAUUAUCACCUAGACAAGUGUUAAUAAGUUAAUAAUUUCAUAUUUGUGUAAAUUAUAUUAAUUUGCUUAAGUAAAAGCAAAAAAACAUGGAUAAAUUGCGUCGAGUUUUAAGCGGUGAUGAUCGCACACCCGAAGAAGAAAGCAGCAUAAUAACACAGAUCAAUGAUAUGUCAACUUUAAGUUGGUCUACGCGCAUUAAGGGGUUUUGUAUAUGUUUUGUUUUGGGCAUAGUUUUAUCCCUAUUGGGUUCUAUAGCUCUAUUUCUACAUCGUGGUCUAGUGGUAUUUGCGGUAUUCUAUACGCUAGGUAACAUUAUAUCAAUGACCAGUACUUGUUUUCUCAUGGGUCCUUUUAAUCAAUUGAAAAAAAUGUUUUCUGAUACGCGUUUAAUAGCCACAUGCAUUGUUAUAUUUUCUCUUAUCAUGACUUUAAUAGCAGCCAUUGUGUUACAUAAACCCGGCUUGACCUUAAUUUUUAUUAUUAUACAAUCAUUAGCUAUGACUUGGUAUUCUUUAUCAUACAUACCGUAUGCUAGAGAUGCUGUUAAGAAGACUGUUUCUGCUUGUUUGGAUGUUUAAGUUCUUAUUUUUUUGUAUUAAAUUUACAAAUUUUUUCUUCUUAAUUUUUGCACAAUUAUUAAUCAUAUUUAUAGAUUUAUUAUUACAUAAUGCCAUUUUUA